GUUCGUCAACAAGUUUGUUAGGUGAAAAGAAAAAGUGAGGAUUAGGAUGAAACAAUGCUAUCGAAUCCAUAGCAAAUCCAUUAAUUAUAGGGCCGAGUUGCUCUAAAUUCAUCAACCAACACUAGGCCAUAUGUACCGAUUUGUCUAUAUCCUUUUGUUCGCUUUCGUUUCCAUUUUAGGGUUUGACUUCAAAAAUAAUUAUGCGCCCACGUUAACCGAUAAUACCUUCUGUUUUUGUUAAAGGUUGACCAAUAAUUCAAGGAACCGAUUAUGCGCCCACGUUAACCGAUAAUACCUUCUCCACCAACUAAUUUCGUUUCUUUAGAAUUCAAGGAACCUAAAUCACACCACUUAUAAAUGUUUCUUGAUCUCGGUUUUUAAAUCAUAUCAUGUAAUAUGAAAUAGCCAAGAUCUAUUAGUGUACAUACAUUUUUUGGUUGAUAAAAGUUCUUGUUUAUAACUUAUAUACUAAUUAUGUUCAUAUUUCUUAAUUGGAACAUUUUCAGAUUUUGAUUUCCAGAUAAGAAGAUGAAUAUGUUCUCCACAAGAUUGUUUUCUGACCAGGAAUUAGAAGAAAAUGGCAUCAUACAACAAUAUGGCAUGAACACAAUAAUGGGAGAGAUCCCUGAAGCUCACCACACGCUUUCACACUCUUUUCCAACUCGUAUGCUAACCACAAAUGAUCCUUCUUAUGAUGAUUUGAUCGAUAUGAAACCAUCAAAGAUCCUCGAGACAACUUACAUAUCACCAAAAUUGCAACCACCACCCUCUUUUCCUAUUCCUCCUUAUUCAAAGCCUCAUUUUCAUCAUCAGCCUUCCUCUAAAAUUCUCUCUUUCGAGAAUGCUACUCAAAAUGUGAUGGAUUAUGAGCUUUCUCCCACCUAUCAAAACUCAAUCUUCAGCCCCAAAGUUGAGGCUGAAGUGCCGCCAAAUUGGAUGAAUGGGAAAGGGGCCAAGAGAGUUCAACCUUUGUAUAAAAGCCAAUCAAAUGCUCAAGAUCACAUAAUCGCCGAAAGAAAACGUAGAGAGAAACUUACUCAAAGAUUUGUAGCUCUUUCUGCUCUAGUUCCUGGUCUGAAAAAGAUGGACAAGGCUUCUGUGUUGGGAGAUGCACAAAAGCAUAUAAAGUAUCUCCAAGAAAAAGUGGGAGAGUUUGAAGAACAAAAGAGAGAAAGAAGAUUAGAAUCAAUGGUUCUUGUGAAGAAGUCUAAGUUGAUUUUGGACGAUAAUAAUCAGUCAUCUUCUUCUUCAUGUUGUGAAGAUGACUCCUCGACCUUAGAUCUUCCCGAGAUAGAAGUAAAAUUCUCAGAUAAAGAUGUUCUUAUCAAAAUCCUUUGCGAGAAGCAAAAGGGUCAUGUUGCCAAAAUAAUGGCCGAGGUUGAGAAAUUCCAUUUCUCAAUAACUAACUCAAGUGUUUUACCCUUUGGACCAACACUUGAUAUCACUAUUAUAGCUAAGGUAUCCAUAUUUAUAUAUAUGAAGAAUUUGUUGUUAAUUUUAGAGUAAAACAGCCUAAUUAAUGUUUAAGUCUCUUUACAGAAGGAGAGUGAGGUCUGCUUUAUCGAAGUUCAUGUGAUUGUUUCAAAAUUUAUGCUAACGUCGAUUUUGUUUGGGAGAUUUACUUGUAUAAAUUGAUGAAUCACAUAAUUGGUUUUUGCCAUGAAAAUGUUUUUUUUUAUUGACAAGUUUAUUAGAAUAGUUGAAGAAUCACACCUCUCACACACAUCUAUAUAAAAUAGGAUCCUUUCCAAUAUUGAGGUUGAG